GGGAUGAAUAAUUCAGCGCCUGGUAGGAAGACGUGUCCUCCCUCCCUCUCCUUCCUCCUCCUUCUCCUCCUCCUCACCGGCUCUGCCUUCCCCACCUCCCGCCACUCUCAUUCCUCGCCGUACCGAGCCCCGGGUGCCACCGAACUCCGCUCGGUACCGGUGCCAGAGACCCCCGGGCUCCGGCGACUCGCGGCCAAGGCCAUGGACCCCAAGGAGCGCAAGAAGAUCCAGUUCUCCGUGCCGGCCCCCCCCAGCAACCUGGACCCCCGCGCCGUCGAGAUGAUCCGCCGGCGGAGGCCCACGCCGGCCAUGCUCUUCCAGCUGUCCGAACACUCCUCCCCAGAGGACGAGAACCUGCCCUACCAGCGCUCGGGCGAGGGCUGCCUGCUCAAACCAAAGAGGACCAACCCGUGUGCCUACACCCCGCCCUCGCUCAAAGCGGUGCAGCGCAUCGUGCAGUCCCACCUGGAGAGCGGCAUGGGCGGGGGUGACAGCUCCGACGGGGAGCCCGAUGACGGCUGCGACCCCGACAGUGCCCUGGAGUCUGCCCCGGGGAGCCAGGGCAGAGCCGAGCGCAGCUACUUCCCCGCCGGGCUCAAGGCGCACAAGCGGAAAGGCGGGCAGAAGGUGUCCUUUGCCGGCGGCAUCGACGAGCGCGAGGAGGACCUGAAGUCGCUGACGGUGUCAGAGAUCCCCGAGGACCCCGAGGGAGCGGAGGGUGACGAGGAGGAGCCGGGGCAGGAGCAGGACGGUGGCACCGGGGAGCGGCGACACGUCGGCUUCGCCGAGGUGCCCUCGCGUCCCAUCGGCACCGAGCGCCACUCGCCCACCUUCCCUCUGGGCACCAGUUAGCUGCCACCGGGCACCGGGCACCGGCCCCCCGGCCCCCCCAGCUUCGCCUGUGCCCCCCGGCUGCCCCCCGCCCGCUGCCUGCGCUUCGUCUGCCGUGUGCCAUGUGCCGUGCGCCAUGUGCCGUGUGCCGCGCCAUGCUGGGCCACGCCGGGACACGUCGGGACCCCCGGCCACGGCCGCCCCCUCCCCACGGGCUUCGUGCCCCCCCGGCUGCAGGAGCCGGGGAUGGGACUCCCGGGCGCUGGCGGGGUCUGGGCCCCCCCCCUGGCUGCUGCCCCCCGGCCCUAAGCGAGCAGAGCCCCCCGCCCGCAAUAAACGGCUGUACAGAG